AUGACAGCUACGUCAACUACCCCAGAAGCAGAACAUCACGUGGAAAAAAGAUCCGCAAAAACCGGUCAUGGCCACAGAGUCUCAGAUAAACAUCAAAUACAAAUAAGAGACAAACGAUCGACUGACGAAGAUUCUGAGGAUACGGACGAAGAGCUGACUAGGCGUCGGCGCUCAACAGAAAGUGACGAGGAAGAAGAGGAUAAGUCUCUUCUUGAACAUGGUGAAUAUCAUGGUCAUGCCGAAAGGAAACGUCGUAGCACUAGCGGCAGCGAAGAAGACCCACACAAUCUACUCAAGAGACAUAUUGGCCACCAUAUCCUUGCACACGGUGUGUAA